GGUGAGAAGUCGCACCUGCAUUAAUUUACUGUCGUUUUCAGCAAACGUGGCAGUGACGUCAAAACCGGAAAUGCCCCGGAUCGGAACUUUAACUCGGGUAGUGUAUUUUUCCCACCUUUUCACAGAAGGCCCUCUGAAAAUGGUGUAAUUUAUUCACAAAUCCACUCCACACGACGACGACGACGGCGUUGCAGUUCCAAGUGUGGGCUGGUGACCGUUGACCGGCGACAGGAUGACUUGCCGUGACCGGACCAUCGAGUUCCAGUCGGCCUGUAAAUCGCUCCAAGGCAGACAGAAUGGAGUGCAGCCCAGCAAACCAGCUCUCAGCGCUCUCAGGCAGCGCAGUGACUUUACGGUCAUGGCCAAGAGAAUCGGAAAGGACCUCAGCAAUACAUUUGCCAAGCUGGAAAAGCUCACAAUCUUGGCCAAAAGAAAAUCUCUAUUUGACGACAAGGCUGUGGAGAUUGAGGAGUUGACGUAUAUCAUUAAACAAGACAUAAACAGCCUAAACAAACAGAUAGCACAGCUGCAAGACCUGAUCAGGUCGCGUGGCGCUCCGGGUGGCAAACACAUCCAGACCCACUCCAACACGAUAGUGGUGUCCUUGCAGUCCAAACUGGCCUCGAUGUCCAAUGACUUCAAGUCAGUCCUGGAAGUCAGAACAGAGAAUCUGAAGCAGCAGCGCAGCAGGAGGGAGCAGUUCUCCCAACCCCCUUCUGCCUCCUCCCCUCUGAUGGCCAAUAACUUCAGGAGCCGCAAAAAAGGGGCCCAGGAGCCGCAUGCAGCUCGCGAGCCGCGCAAUGACUACCAGGGCUUUACAACCUCAAAUGUAAAAGAGAGUUCGGUCCUGAUGCAGGACGAGUCCAGGAGUCUGGGCGACGUGGCCAUCGACAUGGACUCGCACGCCAAUCCCUUGCAGCUCCAGCUUAUCGAUGAGCAGGACUCGUACAUCCAGAGCCGGGCGGACACUAUGCAGAACAUCGAAAGCACCAUCGUGGAACUGGGCUCCAUAUUCCAGCAGCUGGCACACAUGGUCAAAGAGCAGGAGGAGACCAUCCAAAGGAUCGACUCCAACGUGGAGGACACGCAGCUCAACGUGGAAGCCGCCCACUCGGAGAUCCUCAAAUACUUCCAGUCCGUGUCGUCCAAUCGCUGGCUCAUGAUCAAGAUCUUUCUCGUACUCGUCGUCUUCUUCAUCAUUUUUGUCGUCUUCCUCGCUUGAAGAAGAGCGGCGGCCGCAUUGCAUGAUGGGAAGAGAAGCUGAAGCUGGACUCGCUUUUGAAGGACACACGAGCUUUGGAUACAAACUUUCGUACGGAGAACUUUAUCCAAAGGAAGUUAUCUUAAAGGAACGCUUUUCUCCUGCGUGAAUAGAACGACUUGUACUUUGACCAAUUAUUCAUCAACAUUUAAUCCAUACGGCUUUAAAUCAACGGUUUGAUUCUGCAAACUUUUUUUUUUUUUAAUUUACUUUCCGUAUACGACUUUGCCAAACUGCGUCGCUUCUGAGAUGAUGCUCCUUUUUUUUUUUGGAAUUUUUUUCUCCUCCCGCAAGCCUCCGGUGACAAUGUGAAAUAUUUUUAGAUAUAUUUGUUUAUUUGCCAAAUGCAUAAAAGGAGCAGCGGCACAGCUGACACAACACAACCAAGCACAAGCAGACCCAGAACGGGAGAACUUUGCCGACAGAAGCCCCCCCCCCCAGCUGGUCCUUGUGUGGAAAAACCGCUUAUGCAACAACGAGAGCUUUUGGAAUGAACGCGUAUGGACGUUGUGAUCCCGGGAGAUUCCAAUCUUCAAAAAAAAAAAAAAAAAAAAUUUCAUGUUUGACAUCAGCGCUUAUGAAGGGGUUUUGAAGGCAACCUAAUCGACCCUGGAGGUUUCUAUUUUCGGAUGUCACACACCGACUCCUCUCUUAAGCUCAUGUACAGGAUGUUAUUUAAAUGACCAAUUUUUAAGAAGAAAUAACACAUUCUUCCACUUACUUUUUUUUUUUUUUAGCUGACUGCCUUACUUUGGAUGUACAAAGUGCAAAUAGUGAUAACGGUGUAUUUGAUCGGAAAAUGCAAACGAAUAAAACAAUAAUAGGGUGCCCGGCAUUGUGGGAUUGUGUUGUGCGAUAAGAGGAUUAGUGAUAUAAUUAGAUCACGUACCAAAAUAGAUUCUAUCGUUUAUCGCAUUCACGUACGCUCAGGAUGACUCCUCACAUCUAUAUUAUGUAUUCGGAAAAGCCUUUUUGUUGAAUCGGUAGCACAAAAAAAGGCAUCGCAUAAGCUAGGGGUGUCCAAAGUGCAGCCCGGGGGCCAAUGUUUGUGUAAACAAAAAUGUAAAAAGAAGCUGAAAUGUUGACAAUAAUAAAACAAAGCUUGCUUUUUCAUUACACUUUA